AUGUCCAACGACAGCAGCUUCCUCAGUGUGUGGGAGGCCUCGCAUUGGGCAGACACCUCCCAGUGCCCGCCCUCUGUGGGCGGGGCCACCUUCCUGAUCGUAGCGUACAGCGCCGUCAUCGCGGUUGGGUUACUCGGCAAUGCCGGCUUAGUGUUCAUCAUCGCACGGCAACAGGAGUUACGCAACGUCACCAACAUCCUGAUCGCCAACCUGUCGUGCUCCGACAUCCUGAUGUGUGUGGUGUGUCUCCCGGUGACCGUCAUCUACACACUGAUGGACCGCUGGGUGCUCGGGGAGGCCUUGUGCAAGGUGACCCCCUUCGUUCAGUGCAUGUCCGUGACGGUCUCCGUCUUCUCCUUGGUGCUGAUCGCGUUGGAGCGUCACCAGCUGAUCCUCCACCCCACCGGCUGGUCUCCUGCUGCCGGGCACUCCUACCUGGCGGUGGGGCUGACGUGGUUGGUCGCCUGCUUCAUCUCUUUACCUUUCCUCUCCUUCAACAUCCUCACCAACGACCCCUUCCAGAACAUCAGCCUGCCUACAAACCCUUUCAGGGAUCAUCUGAUCUGCAUGGAGCUGUGGCCGUCAGAUAAACAUCGUCUAGCCUACACCACGUCCCUGCUGCUCUUCCAGUACUGCCUCCCCCUCCUGAUGGUGCUGCUCUGCUACCUCAGGAUCUUCCUCCGCCUGAGACGACGCAGGGACAUGGUGGAGCGCAGCCGGAGGACUCGAGGAGCCCACAGGAUCAACGUCAUGCUGUUGGCCAUCGUCGUCGCCUUCGCUCUGUGCUGGCUGCCGCUCAACGUCUUCAACACGCUGUUCGACUGGCACCACCAGGUCCUGCCAGACUGCCAGCACGACGCCAUCUUCUCAGCCUGCCACCUAACGGCGAUGGCGUCCACCUGCAUUAACCCCGUGGUGUACGGAUUCCUCAACAGCAACUUUCAAAGGGAGCUGAAGGCCACGCUGCAGCGCUGCCAGUGUGGGAACAGGGCGGCGGAGAGCUACGAGAGCUUCCCUCUGUCCACCGUGGGCAGUGAAGGCAUCACGAAAGCCACCUCGCUCAACAGGAUGGGAUCCGUGUGCGUUCCUUCGCCCAGGUUUGAGUCCAGCUCCGGGACGAGGCCGGGGAAAACGAUACCAGCUAUCACCUAACAAUGACAACAAACUCUGGAUUAAGUUCCCUCACUGCCGUCUGAGACCAAGACAAACACUUCUUCAACUUUACUUCCAUGACUCUCCAGCCGGAGGGAAACCUGUAAGUGGACAGGAUGGAGGCUGGAUGAUGUAGCUUCAAGUCUGGUAAAUGGACUCUUAGAACAAGCAGAGCUAAAAGAAGACCGUUUGUCCAGCCCGCCUUGCUGAAUGUUGCUGUCGGACUAGAUUUCGUCAUAUUCACCGUGUAGCCGUUCCCCUGAGACAACACGCUCAGGGGGAGACGCUCAGAUGCUCAAACAGGGUCGGACUCUGUACUUCAAGUUUGGACGUCUUUUAAGGCA